AUGGGCGCCGUCGACCUCCGCAUUGUUCUCGUCCACGGUGGUGGACUGGAGAUCAACGCUUGGCAUCUCCGUACCGACCAUGAGCCUAAGUUCCACAACGGCCUCCGCGUCACCAAUGCUCACACUAUGGAGGUUGUGGAUAUGGUUUUUGCUGGGAAGAUCAACAAGAGCCUCGUCACUGAGAUCAACAUGCUUGGUGGCACCGGUGUUGGGCUUGCCGGCAAGGAUGCUCGCCUCCUUACUGAUCAAGGCCCUCUUCGGAUCGAGUCCGCUGUCCUUGGGUUUGUUGGUGACGUAGCGCUGCUGCGUGAGGUCAUUGGUGCAGGGUGUGAGGACAGCGAGUAUCAUUGA